AUGAACAGCUUGGCGAAUUCCCCGGUGUACAAGCAGCUCUUCCGCCCACUCAGCAGCAACACAAUGUUGGGGCUGUGCGUCGCGACGGGCUGCAUGGGUGCACUGACGUACUGGUGGUACGCCCGCUCCAUGCACGUGACACUGCGCCGCACACAGGAGAACUGCCUGGCAAUAUCGGAGAGUGCCUUCUCGCAGAGCCGGCGUCUGCUUAAAGGCCUCGAGGAGGAGUGGGCGCGCGACAUGAAGGCGCGCGACGGAUCGGUGCGGCAGCUGGAGCUGCAGAACGUGGAGCAGACCCGCAGCAUCGCCCGCCUGGACGCAGCAAUGAAGUUAUGCAUCGCUCCAGGGCCGCAGGUGCCGGAGUGA